AUGUCGGCAUCAUCAGUGAAAGACGAAAAGGUGGAUUUGGAACAGCAUUCCGAUCUAUCAUCCACGCUUGACGCCGACGCCUUCUUGCAAAAGGAAGUCGACAGUGAAAAUGGACACGAUAUCAACUACCGUAAUUGCUCGUGGCAGAAGACCGCGGGGCUUUUGUUCAGUGAGUACAUUUGUUUGGCAAUUAUGUCCUUCCCGUGGUCGUAUUCCGUGUUGGGUUUGGGCUUGGGGUUGAUUGUCACCGUUAUCGUUUCGUUGUUGUGCCUCUACACGGGGUUGAUCAUCUGCGACUAUUGUGCAGCGUAUCCUCACUUAACAAACGUGUGCGAUAUCGGCCAGCACUUGAUGGGAGGCGCCCGGUGGGUGUGGUACGCCACGGCAAUUGCGUUCUUGUUGAACAAUACCCUCAUUCAAGCCUUGCAUGUGCUCGUGGGUGCCAAGUACUGGAACACCAUUAGCGACAACACCACCAUAUGUUCCAUUGUGUUUGGAGUUGUUACCGCGGUUGCCUGUUUCUUGCUUUCGUUGCCCAGAACAUUUAGUCACUUGUCAGGGGUAGCCUACUUUUCUGCCUUCACCAUGUUUGUUGCCGUGAUCUUGGCCAUGGUCUUUGCGGGCAUCCAGUCGCAUCCGUACAAGUACAACCCGGCAAUUCCCGUUGAAUGGCACGGCUGGCCGAAAAACGGCGAGAAAUACGUCAAUAUCAUGUCGGCGGUGUUGAACAUAGUCUACACUUUUGUUGGACAAAUCACGUAUCCGUCGUUUAUAUCCCAAAUGAAGCAGCCAAGAGACUUCCGCAAGGCGUUGAUUGUGGUGACCAUUUGCGAGUUGAUCACUUUUGCAUUGGCAGGCUCGAUUGUUUACGUUUAUGUUGGAAAUGAAUACAUCACAGCGCCAGCUUUCGGUUCUUUAAUUGGCAACUACAAGAAGAUUGCAUUCAGUUUUGCUUUGCCCACUAUUUUGUUCCUUGGUGCAUUGUACAGCAACGUCUCCUCGCAAUUUUUGUUUCAAGAGAUUUUCAAAAAGACAAGCAGGCACAGAAACAGCCAUACUGUCACUGGAUGGGGGGUGUGGAUUGUUCUUAAUGCGACUUUGUGGGGUAUUGCGUUUGUUAUUGCCGAAGUCAUUCCAUUUUUCAGCGAUCUUUUGAGUUUGAUGAGUUCCUUGUUUGACUGUUUCUUUGGCUUCAUAUUCUGGGCUUUAGCGUACUGGAAGUUGAGGAGGUUGCACUUUUAUAAAAAGGAAGGAAUCAAGAUUGGCUUUUUUGAGUUGUUUUCCAGGUCAAACUGGUUUCAAAAGAUUGAAUUUUUGGUCAAUGUGGUUAUAUUUGGCUUGGGUGUAUAUAUUUUGGGCCCUGGGUUGUACGCAACCAUCCAGAGUAUAAUAUGGUCAUAUGAAGCCAGUUUAUACGGCAAGCCGUUCAGCUGUGUAAGUAACGCUAUAUAG